GUGUUGACCCCCCCUCUGCCGCGGUUAUAUAAAGACCUGAUCUCCCACCUCAGGCUUUAGUUUACAUAAACAUUUCGCGACCGAAAGUUCGCCAGUUUGUGCCCGACCGAGAUAAACAAACAACAUAAUGAAAGCUGCUACCUUCGCCAUUUUUGCGCUAGUCUGCAUAACCCUGGCGUCCUGCCGCCCCGACAAGCCAGACCUGAAGAAGCUCAAGGAAGAAGCCACUCGCAAGAAGGCGUGCAUGAACGACUGCACCAGCGAGAAGUUCGAGCCGAUCUGCGCGGGCAAGCCCGGCGAGAAGCCCAAGUCCUUCGGCAGUGUGUGUGUGCUGAACAACUAUAAUUGCGAGAAUAAGGAGACCCUGAAGAAGACGAGCAAUGGAGAGUGUCCCGGCUCCGACGGCAUCCGACUGUCUUAAGUUAAGCAAUAACACAGAUAAAGAAAUAUUUUGAGAUUAA